UGCUGCUGUAAUGGGGGCGUGGCGUCUGUGAACGCCCUGUCGUAACUGACACAAUGCUUGGCUACUAAGCCGCCUUUCUGCCACUUAUCCACGUUUUCACGCGCCAGCCUCACGAUAUCCCCCUAAUUCUUCUUCACUUUCGAAAUUGUCGGCGGUACCCGCAGCGAACUCCUAAGUCCUAAGACCUUCAAACAGGAAUCGUUUACUCCGCUUCCCUUCAAAUUCCGAAUGCAAAUAUUGUCUCCAUUGAAUUCUUUCUUCUUUUACACUCCUCCUAUAUACUCUGUAAACUCUAGCCUUGAUAUUUCGGAAGAAUUGGGGUUUAAGGUCUUCUAUUUUGUGCAGUUAGGGUUUAACUCGAACUGCGACAAUUGUGUUGAUUAUGGAGUCAUUUAGAGAUUAAGAGACAUUGUUGAUUUUCUCUGGUUGAUAUAUGCUGCGAGAAUCAUAAUUGAUCGAAUUGUCCUUUUUUGAGUUGGUGAAUGGAAACAAAGACUCCAGCGAGGUUCACGCUAGGGAAGCAGUCUUCAAUGGCGCCAGAACGGCACCGCGAGGAAUCAGAAGUGGUGGACGGAGAGCAGGAGCAGGAGGAGGUGGAUGGAUUGCGCUUGAUGUAUCUGGCGAAUGAAGGCGACCUGGAGGGUAUCCGGGAGCUACUGGAUUCAGGAAUUGACGUUAAUUUUCGGGAUAUGGAUGAUCGAACAGCGCUUCAUGUUGCCUCCUGCCAGGGUUUGACGGAUAUCGUGGCUUUGUUGCUCGAUAGAGGUGCGCUGGUCGACCCCAAAGAUCGAUGGGGCAGUACGCCUCUAUCCGACGCUAUACACUAUAAGAAACACGAUGUGAUCAAACUCCUGGAAAAACAUGGUGCAAAACUUCUGAUGGCAUCAAUGCACGUUAAACAUCCACUUCAAGUCCCAGAAUAUGAAAUUGAUCCUAAGGAGCUUGAUUUUACUCACAGUGUCGAAUUAACAAAGGGGACCUUCCAAAUAGCAUCAUGGCGUGGAACUCAAGUUGCUGUUAAAAAGCUUGAGGAGGAUGUGUUUUCUAAUGAAGAUAAAGUGAGUGCAUUUAGGGAUGAGCUUGCAUUACUGCAGAAGAUACGGCAUCCAAAUGUGGUCCAAUUUUUGGGUGCUGUUACUCAAAGUAGUCCAUUGAUGAUUGUCACAGAAUAUUUACCCAAGGGAGAUUUUAGUGCAUAUUUGAAGUGUAAAGGAGCAUUAAAACCGAUAAUAGCUGUCAGAUUUGCUCUUGAUAUCGCAAGGGGAAUGAACUAUCUGCAUGAGAAUAAACCUGCUAUAAUUCACCGUGAUCUUGAGCCUUCAAAUAUAUUGCGAGAUGAUUGUGGGCAUUUGAAAGUUGCAGACUUCGGGGUUAGCAAGCUGCUCACUGUUAAAGAAGAUAAGCCUCUAACUUGUCUAGACACCUCCUUCCGAUAUGUGGCACCCGAAGUUUUCAAGUAUGAAGAAGUUGAUACUAAAGUGGAUGUGUUUUCAUUUUCUCUAAUUCUACAGGAGAUGAUUGAAGGCUGCCCACCCUUUUAUACAACGCAAGAAAUUGAAGUUCCUAAAGUAUAUGCUGCAAGAGAGCGUCCACCUUUUAGAGCUCCAGCAAAGUAUUAUGGUCAUGGACUUAAAGAGUUGAUUGAAGACUGCUGGAAUGAGAACCCAUCAAAACGACCAACAUUCAGGCAAAUAAUAACGAGAUUGGAGUCCAUUCAUAAAAGUCUGAGUAACAGGAGCCGUUGGAAGGUGAGACCACUACAGUGUUUCCAGAAUCUGGAGGCUAUGUUGAAGAAAGAUCAAUCCAAUCGAAGCCGCAGCAAUCUUUCUUCUCAUUCUACGAGCAGCAUAUGAAUAAUCGAGGAUAAAUUUACGGUUCCCCAGGUUGGUAGCCAAACGGCGACUUCGUAGUUGCGACGGUUUACUGGUGUGUAAUAAUAAGUCUAGAUUUUUGAGUGAGUUCUCUUCCAGAUUUUUGUGCUCUGCCUUUGAUUUUGGGGGGUAGAGAAUUACAUUUAUAUGUCAUGUGCUUACCUUGAUUCACAAUAUCUGCCCUCGCAAAUAUCUCGUUAAAAACAAUCUAAACCGGAAUUUACGAGUCCUUCAGUAUACAAACAUACUUUCAUA